AUGCCUGGCUCGCACUCGCACCGUCAGCUAGGCAUCGUAUCCGUGGCGCUCAUCACGUACUUUAAUGUCAGCGGUGGACCGUGGGGCAGUGAACCCGUGCUGGCAGCUUGCGGACCUUUCGUCGGCAUCUUCGCGGUCAUCCUCUUUCCGUGGAUCUGGUGUCUACCUCUGGCCUUGACAUUCGCUGAGCUCUUUACCGCAUUCCCAACGGACGGAAGUUUCUGCAAAUGGGUCGGCGUGGCGUUUGGCAGACCGAUGGGUUUCCAAGUGGGCUUCUGGUCCUGGACAUCUGGGGUCAUUGACAACGCCAUUUACCCCUGUCUUAUUGUCGACACGCUCUUCGCGUUGUCCGCAGGCGAACAUAGUGCACUUGAUGAUGACAAUACCGUGUCCUGGCGCGUAUUUAUUCUACGGGCACUAAUUGCCACAGUUUUUAUGCUGCCGACAUUGAGCAGUAUUAAAGUCGUCGGCCACGCACUGUUGGUCAUGGGGAUCCUGAUUUUCCUGCCAUUUGCUGUGCUCGUCGUUUAUGCCGUGCCAUUUAUUCGUCCUGCCAAUUGGUUUGUUGUUCGCAAAGAUAAAGAAUGGGGGCGGCUGCUCAGCUCAUUGUACUGGAACUACAGUGGCUUUGACGCAGCGGGGGCGUAUGCAGGCGAAAUCCAGUCGCCAAAAACGACGUAUCCAAAAGCAAUGGUGCUGACAGUUGUGAUGAUUGCAUUUACGUAUAUCAUCCCGUUUAUCGCCAUAUCUGGGGCAGAUAUGCCACAUUAUACGACGUGGGACGACGGAUCGUACUCGGUCAUUGCGCAAAGGAUUGGCGGAACGUGGCUCUGCAUUUGGGUGCUCAUUUCAUCUGUCGUUGGAAACCUUGGUCUUUAUCUCGCGGAAAUGACCAAGGACGGGUUCCAACUUGCUGGUAUGGCCGACUCAGGUCUGGCACCACCGUACUUUGCCCAACGUCACCCUGAUACCGGCGUGCCCCGUCGAGCCAUCCUAUUGGCAUUCUUUGUCAUCCUGCUCAUGGGCAUGUUCGACUUCGACACAAUUUUGGGCGUCGACAACUUCUUGUCGGCACUGUCGUCUCUCGUCGAGAUGAGUGCAGCUGUGCGUAUGCGGUUCUCGCAUCCUGAGAUCGAUCGACCGUACCGCGUGAACUUGUCUGAUCGCUCACUGGUGGCGGCCAUGGUACUGCCGUUCACGCUGGGAGUAUUUAUCAUGAUGAACGAAUUGACCAAGUCCUGGAGCAGUUUCUCGCUCAAUGUAGUCGCGCUCCUCAUCGGCUACCUCGCUCAGAAGUUUGUCGAGCGGCAUCCGUACCACGAGUACUCGAAGGUUCUUGAAUCUUCACUCACCUGA